CUGUCGAUUUGUAUUCACCACUGGACCGAGGUCGACACCGUCAACUGCCCUGGUUCGUCGCCGCGAGGAGCCAUGUUCUACACAACAACCCCCAGUGCCCUUCGGGCAGCUCGGGGCAGGACAUGGGUAUCAAUAUCCAACUGUGCCGGCUUCCAAAGCAGGACGCUCUCGGCGGCUGCAACAGGACACAAAGCUUCCCAAAUCAUUACCUUUGUGAAAACAAAAAACAAACAGAUCGAUGAUACCCUCGAGGCCUUUCGGGAAAAAUUCAUUCUACCGACGUACCUGACCGCGGAGGAGCAGAGGAAGAUGCACAGCAUCAAGUGGAAAGAGAAGCUGCAGCGCGAUCCGCUUAGGCUGGAGAUUGACGAUGUGGUACACAAGUUCUACUAUACCGAUCCUGUGAACGAUUACCCCAACACGAUGAAAACCGUCAGGGACAUCGUCAAUUCCUGGGAGGAUAGGCCAACCUUCUUUCAGAACCUCCGGCCAUUGCUCCACGGCGUCAAGCGGUCAGGUCGCAAAUUAGAGGCCACGUUCAUCCCCAAGCUGAUCCGGAGAGCGUGUGUGGCAGGCCGCCUCGACAUCGCGAUAGAGUGUGUACGGCACGUCGAGGACACAAACCUCAAGCUGAUCCUGCACGAGUCGGUCGCCGAACUGUGUGGCUUCAUCCAAAAAUACGCCGUCGACAGCCGAUGGAAACAGAGCAGGAUCGAGGGCGCACUCACGAGGUUACAGAUGGUCUUUGAACUACUCGAAUUCAACAAGAAACAUCAGCCCAAGCCCAACACGGCGGGUCGAUAUCCGUUCCACCGGGAUCCGCAAUUCCUAGCCGGGCGGCUGCACAUGUGUGCGUCCCGAGCCGUGUUCCAUAGGGGGGGGCAAGACCGGAGCGGGAAGGUGACAAAGUACGCCGAGGAGCUGAUGCAGCUGUGGCCCGAAGGCGCUGGUCUCCUCGAUCUUCAGCCGGAUUCUGCGUACCAUGAUGACCUCAAGAUGCGUUAUCUGCUCAACCGGAACAACUAUCUCUGGUAUGCCUCGCCUAUCCUGCACGGCUUGACGCUGGCCGCUCAAGUGGUCGAUCCCGGGUUGGCAAUGCAGCUGCAGAAUCGGGCCGACGCAGUCGAGGCUGAGGUAAAAGCCGCGCUCGCCCACGAAAGUAUCAAGGGGGGGAGAGGCGAGCUCAUGUACAAUCAGAUAUUCAACCCCCAGGAGGAGGAGGAGGAGGAGGCGUAGCCAGGUCCUGCAGGGUAUUGAAUGUUGCAGUUGAUGUACAUUAUACAUAUAGAUAUCUAUCUGUAAGAAUAUUGGCAAUGCUGGCUGGCUAUGGCAGGACGAUGUACUUUUGCAGGUGCUCAGGGAUGGCCGACAGCAGCUUCUUCGACUCGAGCCAUUUCCUUGAGAAUAACCUGUCAGCAUAUCGGUACGCCCCGUCGGCGAGGAUCGUCACAACAGUGUGGCCUUUGCCCAGCUUCUCUGC